AUGUCGGCCCCGCAGCAGCAGCAGUUGGAGGCGAACGGUGAUCGCAUGGCCGCCGCACGCGCCAAGGCGGAGGCUGCCCGCACGGCCGCUGAGCGCCGUCGCUCCAUGAACAGUAACUCUCGAGAACGCAGCGACUCCCCUGACAUCCAUGACACGCCAACCCCGCUCAGGGGUGCGAGACAGCAGCGCAGCAGCAGUGGUCUCGCCAAUGGCGGUAUUGUGGCGCCUGGUGGGGAUAUCGGCAAAGACCGUCGGGGCAGCAGCGUUUCUGCCUUCGGCACCUCCUACACCUCGCACUCCGGCGCGAAGAACGCGGCGGAACCGCAGACGCCGGAGGAAUACGCGGCGGCGAUUGAGGAGAUGCGCCAGGAGUACGAGCGCAUUACCAUGAAGGACGAGGAACUAGAGGAGCGCCUCCAGCUGUACAGCGAGGUGGUGGGUCUGCGCAAGGAGCUGGUGGUAGCGCAGGAGGACGAGGCGCGCCUUCGCCAGCAGCUGGCCGCGACCGAGGCUGUAAUUGCUUCGAGCGACCCGACAGUGGAGAAGGUGGUGUCCAUCUGUGAGGAAGAGGCCCAGCAGUCCGCGCUGCAGAAGUUGUGGAUGGCGGAGUCCGAGUGCCAUAACCCUGACACCAUGGAGUGGGUCGAGAUCGACGUCAAGAACCUGCGCGUGCGCGUUGACGCGGCGCACAAGAAGUUUAUGGCGGCGGCUGAGAAGGCCGACUGCCUGUACCGGCAGCAGGAGGCGGCCAUCAACGAGACGACGGACGCCCGCGAGCGUGAAAGGAUGACCAUUGCGGAGAACCACGAGCAUGAGAUGGAGGGUCUCAGCGAGGCCCGCAUCCACGCCCGCCAGGUAGCCACAGAGCGGCACUUUCACCUUCAUCGCGGUACGGCCCAGGCCCCGCCGGUGGUGUUAACAAAGGAUAAAAAGCGCACGACGCGUCAGCGCCGCGUCGACGAGGUCGAGUUCCGCACCACCGCGCAGGUAGGCAAGAUGAAAGACGAGCUGACGGAGCUGAUGGAGCAGGUGAAGGUGCUCAAGCGUCACCUGGACGACUCCCGUCAUGUGACAGAGGAAAAGCGCCGCGGGUACGAGGCGUCCCUAAAGGCCGUCGAAGAGGAGGGCUCCGAGGCGCGGGAGAUGAAGGAGAGUCUGCUGAAGGAGGAGGAGGAACUGAAGGAGCUCAAGGCAGACCUCCAGGCUGUGCUGCACUACGUGCGCGCCAAGAAUCGCGAGGACUGCUGGUGA